AGUGCGCCGCCCGCCGAUGGGCCGCGGAGGUGCCGGUGGUCCCAAACGCUCCGCGCCGCGCUCCCGCCCGCGGCCCCGCCCCGCCGCGCCGCCCGCGAUCGCGGAAUCGGGCCUCUCUCGGCGCCCUGGCUGAGGCGGGCGGCGCCGCUCCGGGCUGGAUUGGUGAUGCCUGGGCGCUGCGGGCGCCUGCGCAGUGGGACGGCCCCGCGCGCCGAGGGGCUGCGAGAUCCCGGGGAGCGUGGUCGCGCUGCUGGAGCCGGACGGCCGCGCCAUGGCGGAGGACGAGCUGGAGGCGCUGCGGAAGCAGAGGCUGGCCGAGCUGCAGGCCAAGCACGGGGAUCCUGGCGAUGCGGCCCAACAGGAAGCAAAGCACAGGGAAGCAGAAAUGAGAAACAGUAUCUUAGCCCAAGUUCUGGAUCAGUCAGCCCGGGCACGGUUAAGUAACUUAGCACUUGUAAAGCCUGAAAAAACUAAAGCAGUAGAGAAUUACCUUAUACAGAUGGCAAGAUAUGGACAACUAAGUGGGAAGGUAUCAGAACAAGGUUUAAUAGAAAUCCUUGAAAAAGUAAGCCAGCAAACAGAAAAGAAAACAACAGUUAAAUUCAACAGAAGAAAAGUAAUGGACUCUGAUGAAGAUGACGAUUAUUGAAUUUAAGAUGUUUAGAAACUAGAACUUAAUGGAACAAUUCUAGGAUAGCUAAUACUUGGCAGAAGUUGAGAUCUGACUUGAACGUUUACUUUGUUUAUUGUCUAUUUGCCUUUUAAAAAAAUAAACUUGUUAUGCAAAAUAAAA